AUGACCAUGGACGAAACUGACUUUUCCACUCAACAUUCAAGUAUCUACAUUGCGCCUUUGCGAAUAGAGAAGACGUCAAAACCGAAGAGAAGCUUGAGCAAUGCAUCGAGAAAGUCUCGACCAAGGAGCCAACCGCAUUCCCGGAGUCAAUCUGCGAGCACAUAUUCACACACCUCCUCCCACCAGCAGAUAACACCCCCUCCAACGCCCAAUACUUCUCAGGAUUCGCUGGCGCAAGGUCCUGGGAAAGAACCGGCGCCACCUUUUCAGCCUUUCCUAAGAGCUUUUUAUGAAUUCCAUCCGAACUUCUCAGCAGAUUCAUCUACGGUAACAUUACCAUUGAAUCUGGGGGAUGUGAUUCUCGUGCAUUCGGUUCAUACCAAUGGCUGGGCAGAUGGGACUAUGCUUAGCUCCGGAGCUCGGGGAUGGCUACCUACUAACUACUGCGACGAGUUUGACCCCGAACAGAUUAGGCCUUUGCUGAAAGCUUGCGCUGUGCUUUUCGACAAGUUCAGAGGUGGUUCCGCUGGGGGAUUACGUGCUAGCCAGGUUGCUGUGACAAGUGUAGUGGCUGGUGUCCGGCAUCUUUUAGAGACAACCGAAUGUUUAACCCGUGAAGCAUCCAAUGUCAAAUCCAACGACGGCAUUCGGAGAACUCGAAAGGUAUUGUUGACCGAACUGUCUGCUUUGGUCAAGACAGCCAAGCGACUUCCUGGGCAUUCGGAAUAUAGUUCGGCCAAGCCUACGACCGAAGAUGUCACUGAUGAGAUGAUUUUAAGAUGUUUUAAAAUUGUGGUGCGGGGUGUAAGAUUUCUUGAUAUCUGGAACCAGCGCCAUAACCUACAGAAUAAUUUUAGUCUGGAGGAAGCGGGGGCCGCUCAAGGGGAGGAUGCAGAUGACCAUGUGCCACCCACACCCCCGGCUGACUCGACAACUCAUAGCAUGGCGGGCGCAAACUCUGUACGUGGGGACCAGACACCGGAAGGCAACACCGAAGGCCACGACACUAGAUCGCGUUCUUCGAGUUUACAACCUGCAUAUGCAUUGGCUCGUCUCAAUGUUACGCAUGAUGUUCUUUUGUCAUAUCUUGGGUCGUAUAUCGGUAGACUUUAUCACGAGGCUCGGUUUACUCCACAACUCCAACUUACGCAGCAAGAGUCGGUUAGGGCAGCGCGUGAGUUGUUAGCAAUUGUGGAGGCGGUGGAAGCAAGAGAUCCUAAAGCCGCGGCCUUAGUAUUUGCGAAAGAGGCCAUGGAUGCCAGAAUAUCGGCGCUGAUUUCCGCUGCGAAAGAGGUUGUGUCCGGAUGUGGAAAGCUGGAAGAAGUAGAUGAAGAAGGAAUUAUGAUACCUGAUAGUGGGAAGAAAUUGGUUGACGCGGCAACGGGCUGUGUUAGAGGAGCUGGUGAAUGUGUCGCAAAGUCGAAAUUCGUUAUUGAAAAAAUAGGGGACUUCGAGUUACAUUUAGGACCGUUUGAUAUAGGUCUUGGAAUUACGACCCCGGAAGGAAAACUUAUUGACGACGCAAUUGGGCUUUCCGCAUCCGCAAAGGCAGAGCUAGAAAGGCAAUUGAUGCCCCCGCCGCCCACACCAGAGAAAAUUCCGCCGAGACCCCCUCCAAAAGAGGACCCACUUGAUGAAAAACCACUUCCGACACUUCCUGUUUCGGAGCUUGAAGUUGAACGUCCCACAGCGGAUACAACAAUGGCCGAAUCGAAUCCCGCUUUUUCUACAAUCGUUCCUGGCAGUCCGAGUGCAUCUUUACCACGAAGAUCAUCGUCUGCAUCUGUUAUUGCUCCUCUUCCUCAACUUACCCCAUUAUUAGCGCAAUAUGACAAUGUCAGUGAAACCGCUCAGAAGCGCGAUGUGGACUCAAAGACAUUGCUUCAAAAGAGUAUUAGGGCUGACAGCAUUGGGGCUUCCUCAAUAACUACUGCUGAUUAUACAAUUUCUAGCAGCGUACGAGGUUCCGAGCUAAGCAUGACCUCGACCAGGGCAACUACCCCGGAGCCCGUUUCCUCCACCAGUAUUUCUACCCCAUUGCUCAGUCUCGAUCUUACCCUGGUGGGAAGUCAAAUAUCUCUAGAGAGUGGAUCAGGAAGUGAGAUUUUGGUACCCGGGAAACAAGUUUUUGAAGACUUGACAUUCAACAGGGACGGUCAGAUUACAGGAGGAACCCUUCCGGCCCUUGUUGAACGGCUUACAGUCCAUGAUUCGACUCCCGAUGCUGUUUUCGUCGCCACGUUUUAUCUUACUUUCCGCCUUUUUACGACACCGAAGGAGUUUGCGCAAUCCUUGGUUGAUCGUUUCGAUUCUGUGGGAGAUAGUACUACCGGAGCUGCACCCGUGCGCCUCCGUGUCUAUAACGUCUUCAAGGGGUGGCUUGAAUCGCAUUGGAGGAAGAACGUUGAUGAUGAGGGUUUGGAGACUAUUACUUCGUUCGCCGAAGGUAAAUUGAAGGCCAUCUUGCCAGCGGCGGGGAAACGCCUUGAAGAGUUGGCUGAGAAAGUGUCUUCAACUGACGGUCCCCUUGUACCCCGUCUGGUUUCUGGCAUUGGAAAGGCUACUACGGCUACAACCCAAUAUACCCUCCCCGAAACUCCUAUCCAACCCCCCGUUGUCACCAGGAAUCAACUUUCGCUUCUCCGAAGUGCCCUCACUGGUGGGCCCAACCCAACCGUACUCGAUUUCGAUCCUUCGGAACUCGCAAGGCAGCUGACUUUGAAGGAAUCCAAGAUGUUUUGCUCUAUUCUUCCGGAAGAGCUUUUGGCUCAAGAGUGGACCAAGAAGAGGGGAUCAUUGGCUAUUAACGUUCUUUCUAUGUCUUCUUUAUCGACGGACCUCGCCAAUCUUGUUGCUGAGACUAUUCUGGAUGCCACUGAUCCCAAGCGCAGAGCCAUCCUCAUCAAGCAUUGGAUCAAGGUUGCCGAUCGUUGCUUAGAGUUGAACAACUACGACUCCCUAAUGGCUAUCAUGUGCACCUUGAACACAUCGACUAUCGGACGUCUUAAGAGAACGUGGGAGCUAGUCUCGUAUAAGACCAAAUUGGUUCUUGAUCACCUCCGAGCAGUCAUUGAUGUCUCAAAAAACCACGCUGUUCUCCGUGCAAGGCUACGCGGCCAUGUUCCCCCAUGUUUGCCUUUCCUGGGAACAUACUUGACCGAUUUGACCUUCAUCGAUGUUGGAAAUCCGUCAAAGCGGCCUGUUUCUGAAGGUUCGACCAAGCAGCUCAUCAAUUUUGACAAGCACGUCAAGACUGCCCGUAUCAUCUCUGAGCUUCAGCGAUUCCAAAUUCCUUAUAGGAUUGCCGAGGUGCCUGAGAUGCAAGAGUGGAUCGAUGCACAGAUCGACAGAGUACAUAACUCAAAAACGGCAGACGUUCAACAUCUCUACCGCCGCUCCCUCCUCCUCGAACCCCGUGAGACUCAGCCAAGACCCGCGCCUGUCGAGCCUUCCACACCCGCCGCUGUUGCACCGAAGGAAUCCCAGAAGAUCGAUCUAUUUAGUUGGGCACAUGCUUUCAAAGUGCCUACGUCUGCGACCUGA